AUGCAUAGCUCGAGGCAAUCCUUCUACAUCUCUUCCUCUUCUCCUUCUUCUUCUUGUUCUUUGUUUUGUAUCAUUCUCCUCCACUCUACUCUUCUCUAUGGCCUUGCCUUCUCUGCUAACCAUGAAGCCUCAAUUCUCAUGUCCUGGCUCCAUAGUUCUGCAUCACCACCCCCUCCAUCUUUCUCUAACUGGAACAUCCUUGAUACCAAUCCAUGCAACUGGACCUCCAUAACAUGCUCCUCACUAGGCUUUGUCACUGAAAUCAAUAUACAAUCCAUCCCUCUUGAGCUUCCCAUACCUUCUAAUCUCUCUUCAUUUCUCUUUCUUCACAAGCUUGUCAUUUCUGAUGCCAAUCUCACUGGAACCAUCCCUGUUGACAUUGGUGAUUACUCUUCCCUCACUGUCAUUGACCUUAGCUCCAACAAUCUUGUUGGCUCUAUUCCUGCAACUAUUGGCAAACUCCAGAAACUUGAGAACUUGUCUUUGAACUCCAACCAGCUUACUGGAAGAAUCCCAGUUGAGCUAAGCAACUGUGUUGGCCUCAAAAAUCUACUUCUUUUUGAUAAUCAGCUAGGUGGUACUAUUCCACCUGAGCUAGGAAAGUUGUCAAAACUUGAGGUCCUCAGAGCAGGAGGAAACAAAGAUAUAGUUGGGAAGAUCCCUGAAGAGAUUGGAGAAUGCAGCAAUUUGACUGUGUUGGGGUUGGCUGAUACCAGAAUAUCUGGUUCUUUGCCUGCUUCUUUGGGUCAGCUUAGUAAGCUUCAGACUUUGUCCAUCUAUACAACAAUGCUAUCUGGUGAGAUUCCACCAGAGUUAGGUAACUGUUCUGAACUUGUUGACUUGUUCCUAUAUGAAAAUAGUCUAUCAGGGAGUGUUCCACCUGAGCUUGGCAAGCUCCAAAAGCUGCAACAGUUGUUUUUGUGGCAGAAUAGUCUUGUGGGGCCUAUCCCAGAAGAGAUUGGUAACUGUACAAGCUUGAGAAAAAUUGAUCUCUCUUUGAAUUCUCUGUCUGGAACUAUACCAUUGUCUUUGGGGGGUCUUUCAGAACUUGAAGAGUUUAUGAUUAGUGAUAAUAAUGUGUCUGGUUCAAUACCUUCCAGUCUUUCAAAUGCUAAAAAUCUUCAACAGUUGCAAGUUGACACAAAUCAGCUCUCAGGCUUGGUUCCACCAGAGCUUGGACAGUUGUCAAAUCUCAUGGUGUUCUUUGCAUGGCAGAACCAGCUUGAAGGAAGCAUUCCUUCCACUUUGGGAAACUGUAGUAACCUACAAGCACUAGACUUGUCUCGCAAUGCACUCACUGGCAGCAUUCCUGUUGGCCUAUUUCAGCUCCAGAACCUCACAAAACUGCUUCUAAUUUCCAAUGAUAUAUCAGGUUUUAUACCAUCAGAAAUAGGUAGUUGCAGCUCUCUUAUAAGGUUGAGGCUUGGAAACAACAGGAUUACUGGUAGCAUUCCCAAGACAAUAGGCAACCUCAAGAGCUUGAAUUUCUUAGAUCUCUCCGGGAACCACCUAUCUGGGCCAGUGCCUGAUGAGAUUAGAAGCUGCACAGAACUGCAAAUGAUAGACUUCAGCAGUAACAACUUAGAAGGUCCACUGCCUAAUUCUUUGUCAUCACUAUCUGCACUUCAGGUAUUGGAUGCUUCUUCUAACAAGUUUUCAGGUCCAAUACCAGCAAGUUUAGGUCGUCUUGUUUCUCUAAAUAAGCUAAUCCUUGACAAUAACUUGUUUUCUGGACCAAUUCCUGCAUCACUGAGCCUAUGUUCCAAUCUCCAACUACUUGAUCUUAGUAGCAAUCAGUUCACUGGAAGCAUACCAGCCGAGCUGGGCCAUAUUGAGACACUGGAAAUUGCUCUUAAUCUUAGUUGCAAUUCACUCAGUGGCAUAAUCCCAGCUCAGAUAUCUGCUCUUAACAAGCUUUCUAUAUUGGACCUUUCACAUAACCAGUUGGAAGGAGAUUUGCAACCUCUUGCAGUGCUAGAUAACCUUGUCUCCCUCAAUGUUUCUUACAAUAAAUUUAAAGGCUAUCUUCCAGAUAACAAGCUUUUCAGGCAGUUAUCGUCAAAAGACCUCACUGGGAAUCAAGGGCUUUGUACUUCAGGUCAGGACUCAUGCUUUGCAAAGGAUUCUGGUGUGGCAGUGAAUGGAAAUGAUGUAAGGAAAUCACGAAGGCUUAAGCUAGCCAUUGGAUUGUUGAUAGCCUUAACAGUGAUAAUGAUAGUUAUGGGGAUAACUGCUGUGAUCAAAGCAAGAAGAACCAUUAGAGAUGAUGAUUCAGAAUUAGGGGACUCAUGGCCAUGGCAAUUCAUACCAUUCCAGAAGCUAAAUUUCUCAGUGGAACAAGUACUGAGAUGUUUGGUUGAUAGAAACAUAAUAGGAAAGGGAUGUUCUGGUGUUGUUUAUCGAGCUGAAAUGGAUAAUGGUGAAGUCAUAGCAGUGAAGAAACUGUGGCAAAUAACAACUGAUGCAGGAGAGGCAGUUAAGGAUGAAAAAAUUGGAGUUCGUGACUCAUUCUCAGCUGAGGUGAAGGCCCUUGGCUCAAUCCGUCAUAAGAACAUUGUAAGAUUCUUGGGUUGUUGUUGGAACAGAAAAACAAGAUUGCUUAUUUUUGAUUAUAUGCCAAAUGGAAGUUUGAGUAGCCUACUUCAUGAGAGGACUGGAAAUUCUCUGGAAUGGGAACUUAGGUACCGAAUAUUGUUAGGUGCUGCAGAAGGCCUUGCAUAUCUACAUCAUGACUGUGUCCCUCCUAUAGUCCACAGAGAUAUCAAAGCCAAUAACAUCCUCAUUGGCCUUGAAUUUGAACCUUACAUUGCUGACUUUGGCUUGGCUAAGCUUGUUGAUGAUGGUGAUUUUGGUCGUUCUUCCAAUACAGUUGCUGGUUCCUAUGGAUAUAUUGCUCCAGAAUAUGGCUAUAUGAUGAAGAUCACAGAGAAGAGUGACGUUUAUAGCUAUGGUAUAGUUUUGUUAGAAGUCUUGACAGGUAAGCAACCAAUUGAUCCAACCAUACCAGAUGGUCUACAUGUUGUUGAUUGGGUGAGACAGAAAAGGGGUCUUGAAGUACUUGAUCCAAGCUUACUCUCUAGACCAGAAUCAGAAAUAGAGGAAAUGAUGCAGGCAUUGGGCAUAGCCUUAUUGUGUGUAAAUUCAUCCCCGGAUGAAAGGCCAACAAUGAGAGAUAUUGCUGCAAUGCUCAAGGAGAUAAAGCAUGAAAGGGAGGAAUAUGCAAAAUUUGAUGUGCUUAUAAAGGGGUCUCCUGCAAAUGAUGUGUGUGGGAAUAAAAGCAAUGGUGUAGUUCUUGCAACAUCUUCAUCAGCAUCAGUCAUGCAAACUUUGAAUACAAAAAGCAAUAACACAAGCUUCUCCGUGUCUUCACUGCUUCAUUCAUCUUCAAGUGGCAAGCUUGGUUUCAAAUGA